AUGGAAAUUGGAACCGAGGAAACUUGCAUAAUUGAAAUGCCCACUAUGGGAACAAUGCAGAUUGCAGGAAGCACUGGUUUUGGUCAUAAUUUUGAGCUCAUCCCUCAAGCAUGUCAUCUGCAGAACUCAAGCUCGGAAGCUAAAACAGAGAGCUCCAGCCACUGUACGCCUGAUGCUGGUCCUCUCCCGAUAUUUCUCAAGUUUGAAGAUGUUGAGUUCAGCGUAGAGUGCAACUCUAAUGCAUCUACAAGCUCAGCUAGCGGUGUGGUCUCAACCAGACAGAACAGGGACAAGCAGAUACUAAAGGGGAUCACAGGCAGCAUAUCACCAGGUGAAAUUCUUGCAUUGAUGGGUCCGUCAGGAAGUGGAAAAACAACCCUUCUAAAGAUAAUUGGUGGGCGUCUGCAUGGAAAUAUAAGAGGGAAAGUCACUUACAAUGAUGUUCCAUAUAGCACUGCCCUAAAAAGGAGGGUUGGAUUUGUGACACAAGAAGAUGUGCUGUUUCCACAGUUAACAGUAGAAGAAACGCUAGUUUUUGCAGCAUUUCUGAGGCUACCCAGCAGCAUGAGUCGCCAACAAAAGCUUAAAAGAGCAGAAUUCAUACUGAGGGAACUGGGACUUGAAAGGUGUCGGCAUACAAGAAUUGGUGGCGCUUUUGUGAAAGGGAUAUCUGGUGGCGAAAGGAAAAGGACAAGCAUUGGCUAUGAAAUUCUUGUUGAUCCAUCACUCUUGUUACUUGAUGAACCAACCUCAGGAUUGGACUCCACCUCUGCAAAUAAGCUCCUUCAAGUUCUGCAGGGCAUUGCAAAGGGUGGGAGGACCAUCAUCAUAACCAUCCAUCAGCCUUCUAGCCGCGUUUUCCACAUGUUUGACAAGCUGUUGCUCAUAUCAGAAGGAUGUCCUGUCUAUUACGGGGUAGCUGCAGAUGCUAUGAACUACUUCUUGUCCAUUGGUUUCACACCUCAAAUCGCCAUGAACCCCGCAGAUUUCAUGCUUGAUUUGGCAACUGGCUGUGUCAAUGAUAUUGGGAUCCCACAGGAGCUGAUUGGUUCUCAGUCCUCCCAAGAGUCUCAAACUACUGUGGUUAAGUACUUGCAGAGAAAGUACAAGAAUGAGCUAGAACCAAAGGAAAAGGAGGCAAACCAUAGAUGCAGUACAGCUCCCAAACAACUUCAAAUGGCUGUUCAAGUGAAGAAGGAAUGGACAACGUAUUGGUGGGAGCAGUUCAUGGUGCUCUCAAAGAGAACAUACAGGGAGAGGUGCAUGGACUAUUUUGACUUGCUUAGGCUUGUUCAAGCUAUUGGAGUUGCGAUCUUGUUGGGUCUUCUUUGGUGGAAAUCGGAGGCUGGGACUGAGGCCCAACUUAGAGACCAGGUAGGACUACUCUUCUAUAUCUGUAUAUUUUGGACAUCUUCAUCCCUAUUUGGAGCAGUAUACGUAUUUCCUUUUGAGAAGGAAUACCUUGUGAGGGAAAGGAAAGCAGAUAUGUACAGGCUGAGCGUGUACUACAUAUGCAGCACCUUAUGCGACAUGGUUAUACACAUACUCUACCCAACCAUCUUUAUGGCCAUUAUAUACUUCAUGGUUGGGCUUCGAAAGACAGUGCCAUGCUUCUUCUUCACCUUGCUUACAAUGCUGUUGAUUGUCAUCACUAGCCAGGGAGCAGGGGAGCUUUUUGGAGCUGCAGUUUUGAGCAUAAAAAGAGCUGGUGUCAUCGCUUCCCUAGUCCUCAUGUUAUUCCUCCUUACUGGAGGAUACUAUGUUCAGCAUAUACCAAAGUUCAUGCAGUGGUUGAAGUACAUCUCGUUCAUGCACUAUGGGUUUAGGCUUCUGCUGAAGGUUCAGUACUCUGGGGACCUGUUGUAUGAGUGCGGCAGUGCAGGUGGGUGCAAGCGCCUGCAGAGCUCACCUUCCUUUGACACCAUCAACCUCAACGGUGACAACAAGGAGGUCUGGGUCCUGCUCUCCAUGGCCAUUGCUUACAGGUUGUGUGCUUAUGCUUGCCUCCUCAAAAGGAUCUCCGUGUCCCCUGUUUGA